AUUGGGGGCGUGUGAGCUGUCACAGAUCACAUGACGUUGAAUAUAUGGCGGUCUGACUUUCCGUCCUUUGACAGUCGCUAGCUGUCUCUUGUCUUUAUGUUGCUACCGAAAAACUUCGGUUAACCAUCGAUUCUACACUCCAGCGCCUCCCGAGAAGAGGCCAUAUAGAAUAGCGGACCAUGGCAGACCAAGCAUAUGUGACUCUGGCCACAAAUGAUGACUAUGCCAAAGGAGCAAUGGUUCUGGGGAGGUCACUACGCAACCACAACACAACCAAGCAACUGGUGGCUCUGAUUGGACCCCACAUAGCCGAGCCCUGCAGGGCCACGCUGAGUAGCAUAUAUGAUGAGGUGCAUGUGGUGGAUAUCUUGGACUCCAGGGACACGGCCCACUUGGCCCUGAUGAAGAGACCAGACCUCGGGGUAACUUUCACCAAGCUACACUGCUGGCAACUGACUCGCUACACCAAGUGUGUGUUCAUGGACGCAGACACACUGGUGUUAUCCAACAUCGAUGAGCUGUUUGAGAGGGAGGAGCUGUCGGCAGCACCGGAUCCUGGUUGGCCAGACUGUUUCAACUCUGGCGUGUUCGUCUUUAAACCGUCCAUUGAAACAUACCACAGACUGAUGACGCAUUGCGUGGAGAACGGCAGCUUUGACGGUGGUGACCAAGGUGUUCUGAACAGUUUUUUCAAUACCUGGUCUACAGCAGACAUUUCCAAACACCUGCCUUUUAUCUACAACCUCAGCAGCAUCGCCAUGUACACCUAUCUACCUGCCUUCCAACAGUAUGGUCAUGAGGCUAAGGUGGUCCACUUCCUGGGAAAGGUGAAGCCGUGGAACUACUCCUAUGACACACAGACCGGAAAGGUCAAAGGUCACACCCUGACCCCUGGCUCAAGUGAACUGCACCCUGACUUCUUGGUUCAGUGGUGGAACCUCUACUCGUCUGGGGUUCUACCUGCACUCAGAGAUUCAUAUGGAGAUAAGCCCUUCUGCUCGGGCUGCUCUGAGGAUAAGACCAGGGACAGUGUGGUGGAGACCAUCCAGGCCCCGCCUCCCCCCCAGGACCCACCUAUGUCCAGCGAGGAGAGGAAGCAGAGAUGGGAGGCGGGCCAGGCGGACUACAUGGGAGUAGACUCCUUUGAAAGCAUCCAGAGGAAGUUGGACUGCUUCCUCAAGUAGAGUGCUGGCAGAGGGAUGACAGACAGAGACGGCGUCCAAUGAGACGGCUCAUUCAGGGAGGGGAUCGACCAUCACAAAACCAAUCGAAAGAGAAAGUGGCGGAGCAAAAGUGUGUGUGUGCGUGCGAGCGUGUAUGUGUGUGUCGGGGUAGGUCCAGCAGAAACAACCCCUGCAAAGAGGGGGACCAUUCAGUGUUUGAACAGCAGCUUACUACAUACUAUGCAUCCCUUUAUUCCCAGCACAUAAGCCUUGUACAAUUAUCUCACUGUGACUUUGACUCACCUAGCGAAUCCCACCCCACGACUCUAGACAGCAGUAUUCUAGCAGCUGAUGUCUUUGCAAUAUUCACAGAUGUGUGGUUUAAGUUUUCAGUCAUUAAAAUAGAAGAACGGUUAUUUAGUUGUGUGUGUGUGAGCCCAUAAGUGUGUACAUUACAUUGGUUGUUUUCUCUGUGGUAUGCAUGGUUGUUUCUUAAUAUAAUACUCCCUAAGAAGUGUCAUUGUGGAGGUAAAAGCCCUACCUAGAAGUUGUCUUGUCCUGAGAAGUGUCAUAACUCUGUUUGCCUCAUCACUUCUUGUUUGGUUUCAUCAGUUCCUGUGUAGUCUAACCAGCUGCCUUACCACCUCCAAAGAAUCUUAUAACACAACUGGGCUUAUCUUUUUUUGCCACUGUUUACAGAAAACACUCCUCUGCUGCUGCCAAGCAAUGGACUGGUGUGGCUAGUCAUAGGAGAUAUUGUUUUGACAUAGUGAAAUGUAGUCAACUUCAUGCUUAAUCCAGUGAUUUUUACAUCAAGUCCAUUACACUUAGGGGACUUGCACACCAUCUGGUAGGUAAUGGGAUGUAGGUUUGUGGCCCUUACUAACCCACCCACAAACAGCUUUAUGGAAUUUCCAAAAGCUGACGAAACGUGUGUUUUCACAAAGCACACCCCUGUAGCUGUAUCGCUUGUGUUUUCAGUAGGAACCUAAUAAAGGAAUAGUGAAUAAGUUU